GGCUCUCUCUCUACCGUCCGCUCCAUCGUGCCCACCCUCUAUCCUGCAUCGUCGCCCCCUCCACCCUCUGCACUUAUCCCUCCACUUAAGAUUGCCCUCGCAACAGCCGCUUACCAUGGCCAGGCAGAUGUUCUUCGAUAUCUCCUUGCUUCUCCACAAUGCUCUGCUUCGCAUACUCCCUGGUCCCCUUCGUUCCAGAACUCCCCUUCCUCUCUCCCAGAAGAAUGGCAAAUGGCAACCUAUCCUGAUUUAGUUGUCAAACGCGCCAUCAGCUCUUCGUCUACGUCUGUGGUGCGAGCAUUGUUGGACGCAGGCAUGCCCGUAGAUUAUAACAUCGAGAAGAUUGGCGCGCCGUUAUGUCACGCCAUCACACUCCAGAACUUAGAGAGUGUCAAAUUUCUACUGGAGGAGGGAGCUGACGUGAAUGGCAUCCUCUGGAUCCCACCCUGGAGUUUCCUGGCACACGCAGCUACGCUUCCUUCUAUUGACAUCCUCAACGCGUUGCUGGAUCAUGGCGCGAAGCUGCCUGGUUCUAUUGCUCUGAGGGCGGCUGCCCAGGUGGGGAAUAUCAAGAUGGCUGAGGUUUUACUGGAGAGGGGGAUGGACGUAAAUGUGCUGGACCGAUGGAACAUGACUGAUCAGCCAGAUGAUUUCAUCGGUACGCCUCUACAUGGGGCUGUGGUAGAUGGGGGGGCAAGGGCGGAUAUAAAAGACGGUGAGGGGAAAACGGCGAGGGAUAUUGCGGAGAUGGGAGAGAGGGUGGAGAUUAUGAAAAUACUAGAUGAAGUGAAGUAG